AUGUUCAUGUUCAAGGGGUGCCAGAGUACAAAUGGCGGGAAUUAGAUACACUGUUAUUCUUGGAUUUCUUUGAAGAAAAGCAACUAAUUUACAAUAGUAUCUAUUUCAUCAUUAAUGAAAGACUGCUUACCAUAAUGACUGUAUACAGCCUGAAUACUCAUUGAUUACUGUCAGCUGGCCAAUAAUGGCUUAUACGAGUGUCUAUGGAAUAUAUUAGAUACAAUUAUCUGUUGUGUGGUUGUUUACAAUUCAUACUAACCUUUACGUAAUUAUUUAAGUAUUAUUUUUAAUAUUCAAUAUGGGAAAAAUUGUGCAAAUUACGUGGCCUACUGAAUACAUAGAACUUAAGAGAAUCGAGGAUUUAUUACAGUGUGGAAUUUGUUACGAAUAUAUAGAAACAUCAGUUAUGACACCAUGCUCUCAUAAUUAUUGCUCUCUGUGCAUUAGAAAGUAUUUACAUUAUAAAACACAAUGUCCUACUUGUUGUGAGCAAACUUAUGAAAAGGACUUACAUACAAAUAGGAUAUUAGAUGAAGUCAUAAGUAAUUUUUUGAUAAUUAGAGAAAACUUAGCUAGGUGUGUUCCUGGAGCUAUCGUGCAGAGCAUACCAAAUUUGAUCACUAGUUCUCCACCAAUAAGACCAGCACGUAGCAAUCAUUCUGUUAGGACUCCAAAAAAAUUGCAUACAGAUGAUGGUACUGUGCAUGAAAACUUUACUCCCAAUUCAAACAGCAAAACUCCAUCUAUGAGUACUCCAAAAAAAAGUAUUACCAGUCCUGGCACAAGUGGAAUGUCCAAAAUAGCUUCAUACUUUACACCUAAGAGUAGAAAGACUGUGCAACCGGUGGACAUGGUGGACAUUAGAAAGGAAUCUUCUUGUCCUGUUUGUAAAGUUGAAGUUUCUUCACAACAUAUAAAUAAACAUCUUGAUGCUUGUUUGAAAAGAGAUGCCAUGACUGAUGAAUCGAGAGUCAGUAUUAAACAAAAACGCAAACCUUUACCAAAAUUGGUGUUUAAUGUCAUGAAGGACGUAGAACUGAGAAAAAAGAUGAGGGAAUAUGGUCUGCCAAGCCAGGGUGAUAGAAAAACUUUAGAGACGCGAUUUCAAAGAUACUCCACUCUUUACAAUGCAGAAUGCGAUAAGGAAGUACCUAGAUCAGUUGUAGAAUUGAUCAAACAAUGCACAGAAGAAGAAGCUCUUGAGAAAAAGAUGCAAAAGGCAGCUCUUACCGGAAAUAGGUUACAAGUCUCUAGGAAGGCUGACGAACAGAGCAAUGAGGAAGCCAGAAAAAAAUAUUUGGACGCCAAUAAGACCAAUUUUCAAGAGCUAAUCCAGAAUAUUAAAGAUCGACGAAAUCCAAAGAAACCUGUAAGAAGAUCCAUUUUACCUCCAAGUGAGAAACAAGACUCUGUUGUAACGUCCAUAAAAAAGGAUCCUACUGAGGACGAUAGUUCCAAUGCCGCCAAUGAAAGUGAAGAAAGCAAUCUUCAUUACCAUUUGAAUCAUGAAGAAUUUGCCUUCCAAGACAAUGAUUCGAACACUUCAUGUCCAUUACAGUGGUACACCGGUGAUGAUCCUAUGAGAUUCGUUAUGACCGAAUUAAAUUCUGAUGCCUCGCCAGAUAAAAGCAGUUCCUGUUCAAAGUUUCAAUUGAAUCAAUUGAAUUCAUCACCGGCUGAUGAACAGCAUUCGCCUAAAGUAAAGACAGAAGGAUUCGCGGAUGAGGAUGAUUCAAUUGUAAAUGGAAAUAUUCGUAAUACAAAUACAAGUAUUUCACAGAAUACGACGAAUGAAAUAUAUGUAGCAAAUCCCAAAAGUGGUUCGUCUUCACAUUCGCCGGAAGUGGUUACAACGCGUGAUAAUAUCAAGAGCGGGAAAAGAAUUACAAAUAAGCGUGUGAAAUUGUGCUCCAAUGAUCGUGUAAAAUCAUCAAGUACAAACUCUGUUAAUACAAUUUUAAAAAACAGGUCAAUUUUAGAACAAGAGCAGCGAAAAAUGGAAAGCAUGAACUUGGCAAUGAGUAUUGCCCAGGACUUCUUAUCUGACCUGUCGACUAGCGAUAGUACUGAUGAUGAGUCCAUAAAUUUGAAAACAAGACGGAAGUCGAAGGAACGUGCAAGUAGCAGUACCUUGCAAGUUCCUUCAAAAUCGGGCAAAGAGAAUUCUAAAUCUUCUACUGACGAAAAUUGCGUUGUUCGUCGACCGACUAGAAAAAGAAAUCGCAUUUCCGGUUUAGAGAACGGAGACACUGUAAAUUCUACAAGAAUCGGUGUAAAAUCGAAGAAAGUUCUCGAUGAACAGAAUAUAAAUCAAACUAAGGAAGUGCUUGAGGAUGAUUCAGAGAUUGUUAUAGAUAAGAAUAAAUCGAAAUCUAAAAAGGUCACUCAAAAACGAGCGAUAUCUACCAUGAAUAAAUCUGAAAAUCCACCAAAGAGACCAACGCGCAAAUGCACCAAUAAAACAUGAAGUUCUUAAUGACUCAUUUAAUAUAUUGUAAAAAUAAAUAUACGAUAUUAAGUGAACGUAGUUCGCGAACAGAAAUUAGGUAAUCAAGUAGCCAUCCAAUGCUAUAUUUAUCACUAUGAUGAAAUUGUAAAAAUAAAAAUAAAUAUGCACAUUGAUUGAGAAAAAAACUACAAAUAUAAUAAAGGAGCUAACUUUUUUAAUAUAAUGCUCACACGCUGCUAUUAGUAAUCA